CAAAUACAUUACACAACGACGAUGACGAACAAAAUAUUCAAGUUUUUGAUGUUAUUUGUGUUGGCCGCACUGAUCGGCAGCCGACAAGAGGCCGUACAGACCAGUGCGCAGAUCAUAAACAUCAACUGCAGCGGCCAACCGGCCAUCUGCGUGGGACCAGCCACCUAUCAGGCCUGCGUGGGAGAUGUGGCUACCGGCAAAGUUCUCCCCUGCCCAGUCAAUACGCUCUGUAUUAACGAUGGGCUGGAGAUUUGUGUGCCCGUUAAAUCAGAUGGAGAGGCGUCUUCAGCGGCAGUAGCCAAGAUGACAACAGUCACCGACCAUCCAAUAAUUGGUGGCAGCGGCUCGGCAGCGCUUAUCGAGUCUACCACCAGCUCUGCAAGCAAUGUGCUUACCAACAGCACUGAGGGUCUACUUCCCGCCAAUUCAACAGAGCUCCCCAUUGCCUCAACCACUGUUGUCAUUGAGACGACUAAUGUGCCAGAGGAGGCAACUACAGAUACUACACUGCAGACAACUGCAGAGCCGAUAGUUGACACAACAACUAAUGCACCCGCAGAGCCUGAUUCAACACUGCUGGCGGACACUACAACUGACGCCACAUUGGAUCCAAUUACCACCGUCGGUCCCAAUUGGGAAACUAAUGCCCCCACACGUCCAACAGAGCCCACGCCAGGAAGCUCUACAUCAUCCCCUGUCGACCCCACAGUUGAUCCCAAUACACCAGUAGAUCCUAACGCACCCGUGGACCCAAAUGCACCAGUUGGCCCAGAGGGAACGACGUCACUCCCAAUAAAUCCAACAGAGCCCGUUAAUCCCAAUAUUCCUGUUGACCCAGAGGGAACGACAAUAUCUUCAGUUGACCCGACUGCCCCAACUGAACCUACCGCUCCUUUGGAUCCCACCGCACCUGAGAACCCAGAGGGAACAACUGUAUCCCCAGUCGAUCCGAAUGCUCCAGUUAACCCCAACGUACCAGUGGACCCGAAUGCACCAGUUGAUCCAAAUGCACCUAUCGAUCCUAAUACACCAGUGGAUCCCAACGCUCCGGUUGAUCCCAAUGCUCCAGUAGAUCCCAAUGCACCAGUGGACCCCAAUGCUCCGGUCGAUCCAAACGCACCAGUUGACCCCAAUGCACCCGUUGAUCCAAACGCCCCUGAGAAUCCAGCUGAAACAACUGUAUCCCCAGUCGACCCCAAUGCUCCCGUCGAUCCUAACGCUCCGUUAGAUCCCGGUUCAACUGUCGAUCCCAACGCACCUGUUGAUCCUAACGUACCAGUGGAUCCCAACACUCCAGUCGACCCAAAUGCACCUGUCGACCCCAAUGCACCUGUGGACCCCAAUGCACCAGUGGAUCCCAACGCACCAAUCGAUCCUAAUGCUCCAGUAGAUCCCAACGCACCAGUUGAUCCCAACGCACCUGUUGAUCCUAACGUACCAGUGGAUCCCAACGCUCCAGUCGACCCGAAUGCACCUGUCGACCCCAAUGCACCAGUGGAUCCCAACGCACCAAUCGAUCCUAAUGCUCCAGUAGAUCCCAACGCACCAGUUGAUCCCAACGCCCCAGUGAAUCCAGAGGCAACUACUGUAUCCCCAUUGGACCCUAACGCUCCUGUCCAUCCCAACGCUCCGGUGGACCCAACUACACCAGUCGAUCCCAACGCACCUGUUGAUCCUAACGUACCAGUGGAUCCCAACGCUCCAGUCGACCCGAAUGCACCUGUAAACCCCAAUGCACCAGUGGAUCCCAACGCUCCAGUCGACCCAAAUGAACCAGUCGACCCCAAUGCACCAGUGGAUCCCAACGCACCAGUCGAUCCUAAUGUUCCAGUAGAUCCCAAUGCACCAGUUGAUCCCAACACCCCUGUGAAUCCAGAGGGAACUACUGUAUCCCCAGUAGACCCUAACGCUCCAGUCGAUCCCAACGCUCCGGUGGACCCAACUACACCAGUCGAUCCCAACGCUCCGGUGGACCCAACUAUACCAGUCGAUCCCAACGCUCCAGUCGACCCGAAUGCACCUGUCGACCCCAAUGCACCAGUGGAUCCGAACGCUCCAGUCGAUCCAAAUGCACCUGUCGACCCAAAUGCACCAGUGGAUCCCAACGCACCAGUCGAUCCUAAUGUCCCAGUUAAUCCCAACGCACCAGUUGAUCCCAACGCCCCUGUGAAUCCAGAGGGAACUACUGUAUCCCCAGUGGACCCUAACGCUCCAGUCGAUCCCAACGCUCCGGUGGACCCAACUACACCAGUCGAUCCCAACGCUCCAGUCGACCCGAACGCACCUGUCGACCCCAAUGCACCAGUGGAUCCGAACGCUCCAGUCGAUCCAAAUGCACCUGUCGACCCCAAUGCACCAGUGGAUCCCAACGCACCAGUCGAUCCUAAUGUCCCAGUUAAUCCCAACGCACCAGUUGAUCCCAAUGCCCCUGUGAAUCCAGAGGGAACUACUGUAUCCCCAGUGGACCCUAACGCUCCAGUCGAUCCCAACGCUCCGGUGGACCCAACUACACCAGUCGAUCCCAACGCACCUGUUGAUCCUAACGUACCAGUGGAUCCCAACGUUCCAGUCGACCCGAAUGCACCUGUAGACCCCAACGCUCCAGUCAACCCCAACGCUCCAGUGGACCCAAAUGCACCUGUCGAUCCCAACGUUCCAGUCGACCCGAAUGCACCUAUCGACCCCAAUGCACCAGUCGAUCCCAACGCACCAGUCGAUCCCAACACCCCAGUUGAUCCUAACGCACCAGUUGAUCCAAACGCACCUGUAGACCCCAAUGCACCAGUCGAUCCAAACGCACCAGUCGAUCCGAACACACCAGUUGAUCCUAACGCACCAGUUGAUCCAAACGCACCUGUAGACCCUAAUGCACCAGUCGAUCCAAACGCACCAGUCGAUCCCAAUGCUCCAUUGGACCCUAAUGCACCGGUGGACCCCAAUACGCCAGUCGACCCUAACGCUCCAGUUAAUCCGAAUAAACCUGUUGAUCCCAACGCUCCCGUCGACCCGAAUGCACCUGUCGACCCCAAUGCACCAGUUAAUCCCAACGCCCCAGUUGAUCCCAACGCUCCAGUCGAUCCCAACGCGCCAGUGGAUCCUAAUGCACCAGUCGAUCCCAAUGCUCCAGUGGACCCUAAUGCACCAGUCGACCCUAACGCUCCAGUGGACCCCAAUGCUCCAGUGGAUCCAAAUGCACCAGUGGAUCCCAGCGCACCAGUCGAUCCCAGCACACCAGUGGAUCCAAACGCUCCAGUUGAUCCAAACGCACCUGUAGAUCCUAAUGCACCAGUUGAUCCCAAUGCUCCAGUGGACCCUAAUGCACCAGUCGACCCUAACGCUCCAGUGGACCCCAAUGCUCCAGUGGAUCCAAAUGCACCAGUGGAUCCCAGCGCACCAGUCGAUCCCAGCACACCAGUGGAUCCAAACGCUCCAGUUGAUCCAAACGCACCUGUAGAUCCUAAUGCACCAGUUGAUCCCAAUGCUCCAGUGGACCCUAAUGCACCAGUCGACCCUAACGCUCCAGUUGAUCCCAAUGCUCCAGUCGACCCCAACGCUCCAGUGGACCCUAAUGCACCAGUCGAUCCCAGCGCACCAGUCGAUCCCAGCGCACCUGUGGAUCCAAAUGCUCCAGUUGAUCCUAACGCCCCUGUAGAUCCUAAUGCACCAGUCGAUCCCAAUGCUCCAGUGGACCCUAAUGCACCAGUCGACCCUAACGCUCCAGUCGACCCCAACGCUCCAGUGGACCCCAAUGCCCCAGUGGAUCCAAAUGCCCCAGUCGAUCCCAGCGCACCAGUUGAUCCAAACGCACCUGUAGAUCCUAACGCACCAGUCGAUCCCAAUGCUCCAGUGGACCCGAAUGCACCAGUCGACCCCAACGCUCCUGUUGAUCCAAACGCUCCAGUUGAUCCCAACGCACCAGUCGACCCCAACGCACCAGUCGAUCCCAAUGCACCAGUUGAUCCCAAUGCACCGGUCAACCCCAAUACACCGGUUGAUCCCAACGCACCGGUCAACCCAAAUACACCGGUUGAUCCCAACGCCCCAGUGAACCCCAACGCUCCAGUGGACCCUAAUGCACCAGUCGACCCUAACGCUCCAGUUGAUCCCAAUGCUCCAGUCGACCCCAACGCUCCAGUGGACCCCAAUGCCCCAGUGGAUCCAAAUGCCCCAGUCGAUCCCAAUGCACCAGUUGAUCCCAAUGCACCGGUCAACCCCAAUACGCCGGUUGAUCCCAACGCACCGGUGAACCCCAACGCACCAGUUGAUCCCAAUGCACCGGUCAACCCAAAUACACCGGUUGAUCCCAACGCACCAGUGAACCCCAACGCGCCAGUGGACCCUAAUGCACCAGUCGACCCCAACGCUCCAGUGGACCCUAAUGCACCAGUCGACCCCAACGCACCAGUCGAUCCCAAUGCACCAGCUGAUCCCAAUGCACCAGUAGACCCCAACGCACCAGUCGACCCCAACACCCCAGUUGAUCCUAGCGCACCAGUUGAUCCCAAUGCACCGGUCAACCCCAAUACACCGGUUGAUCCCAACGCACCGGUGAACCCGAACGCACCAGUGGACCCUAACGCGCCAGUUGACCCCAAUGCACCUGUUAAUCCCAACGCACCAGUCAAUCCCAACACACCAGUUGAUCCCAACGCACCAGUCGACCCCAACGCACCAGUCGAUCCCAAUGCACCAGUUGAUCCCAAUGCACCGGUCAACCCCAAUACACCGGUUGAUCCCAACGCACCGGUGAACCCCAACGCACCAGUGGAUCCUAACGCACCAGUGAAUCCCAACAAACCAGUUGAUCCCAAUACACCACUUGAUCCUAGCUCUCCAGUGAACCCCAACUCUCCAGUUGAUCCCAAUUUACCCAUCAAACCAUCUGUUCCCUCUAUCCCUUCAGUUCCUGAAUACCCGGGUCGUCCGGGCUCAUGGCCACAUCCAUGGCGUCCGAGUCAACCCAUUCACCCCGUGCACCCAGGACACCCAAGACCACCCAUUCGACCAAUCCCCCAACAUCCUUUCUGGCCGCAACGUCCCCAGCAACCAGGUAACGGAAAUGGCAAUAACAAUGGUAAUGGCCAGAAUAUACCGACUGUAAAGCCCUUCUGGCCGAAUUGGCAUGACUGGGUCAAUAGCUGGCGACCAUCUAAAAAGCCUGCCCAGCCCACCACUGCUCCCACACCAGCCCCGACUGAAGACAGCAACAAGUCGGAAACAAAUGAGUCUGUAGAACAACCAUCUGGUGGACCCAUCUCCAAUGAGAAUGCCUCGGUUGAAGAGAACAACAAGGACAAGAAGAAGCCAAAGCCUGCUGAGGACCAGUCCAAGGAGCAAGAGCAUAAGAAGCCUGCCUCUAAUGAGAACAGCUCUGACGAGAAGAAGGAUAAGAACAACAAGCCAAAAGAAUCGAAAGAGGAUAAUAAGAAAGACAACAGCAAGUCAAAAGAUUCAAAGGAGGAAAAGGACACCGAUAAGAAAAAAUCCAAUAGCUCUACUGAGGAAAAGAAUGGCAAAAAGGACAACAAAAAAUCAAAGGAUUCCAAUGAGGAGAAAGACAGCGAACAGAAAAAAUCCAGUGAAGAUGAUGACAACGAUGAUCUGAAUUCCAAGGAGAAGAAGCAAUUCGUAAAGAACGUUAUCAAGAAGCUCAAGGAUGAAGAGGAAUGCGAUGAGGACGAUAUCUAUCCAGAUGUGCGCGAUUGCCGAAAGUAUUACCGGUGCGAGAUCAAGAAGUCUGGCAAGCAUAGGUUCGUGCAUCUGCGCUGCGAUAACAAGGAACGUUUCGACUACCGCACUCUGAAGUGCGUGUCCAAGGAUGAUGCAACGUGUCUGCACAAGUAG